AUGUUUUUACUCACAGGUAUUCUCGUUGCUUUGCUAUGCGUUGUUGUCGCUGCAUAUCUAUGGCACGUUCGAAAAGCUUACAAUUUCUUCAUUCGACUCGGCAUUCCAGGACCAGCACCAAAGUUUUUCUUUGGUAACCUUUCGAAAAUCAUUAAAGCUAAAGGAAGACCAUCGGUUGCAAUUCAGCAAUGGACUGACAAGUAUGGUCACAUCUUUGGUUAUUUUGAAGGACAUACCCCUAUUCUUGUCAUAUCGGAUCCAGAAGUUCUCCAAGAUGUUUUUAUUAAAUCAUUCUCGAAAUUUCAUUCUCGUCGUGAAUCUCCUUUUAUGAGUUCACAAGCAAAGGAUGCUCAUCUGUUCAAUGCCGUCGGUCUUCGUUGGAAACGACAACGAUUUGUUCUCAAUCCAACAUUUUCCUCACUAAAACUCAAACAAAUGUCACCAUUGAUUCAUCGAAGUAUCGAAUUUUUAAUGGAAAAAAUGGCAGACCAGUGUGCCAAAGGUGAACCAUUUGAUAUCUAUGCAUAUUUCAAACGAUUUACAAUGGAUACUAUUUGGUCAUGUGGUGUUGGUCUCGACACUGAUAUGCAAAAUAAUGUCAAUGAUCCAUAUCUCCUCAAUUCACAAAAGAUGUUUUCACCGAAUAUUUUUCGUGGAAUAAUAUUCAUUUUGACUCUUUUGAUAACAGAAUUAACAAAAAUCUGGAGAAGUAUAUUUCAGGUAACGAAUGUUAUCCGCUAUUGGCUUCGGCGCUAUAUUCCCAUUACAAAGUCACUCAUUGACGAAAGUCCUAGUACAUGGAUUAUGAAACAAGCUAACGAAAUGAUCGAAAAACGUAAAAAUAUUGGUCAGACUGGUCGAACAGAUUUAUUGCAGUUGAUGCUCGAAUCCAUGUCCGACCAAGAUUUCAUUCAAGAUGGGCUAUCAUCGUUCGAGAAAAGUGAUAACACUGGAGUCGAAGCCCCACUGGUUCGAAAAAUUACUAAAUAUGAGGCCUCAGCGAAUAUUCUCCUUUUCAUGGUUGCCGGUUAUGAGACUACAAGUACAGCUCUUAGUUAUGUGGCGUAUGUUCUUGCUACUCAUCCGGAAGAACAACGAAAGUUGCAGGAGCAUAUCGAUGCUCAUUUCGAUCCAGAAACAGAAAACAUUAUGCCAACAUAUGAAACUGUCUCCGAAAUGGAUUAUUUUGAUAUGUUUAUUCGAGAGACUCUUCGCAUGUUUCCUAUAGCACCAACGGCGAUUAGUCGUCAAAGUAACGAAGAUUUUCGCAUCAAAGACUUCGGUACCGUGCCAGCAGGUACACUGAUUGCUGUCGACAUGUACAAUUUGCAUUACAAUCCAAAUUUAUGGGGUCCUUUGGAUCCACAUGAGUUUCAUCCUGAAAGAUUCGCUACUAAUCGACAUCCAAUGGCAUGGAUUCCUUUUGGAGUUGGACCACGUAAUUGUGUAGGCAUGCGUUUUGCUUUGCUUGAAAUGAAAAUGUUACUUGUUCGAUUGCUCAAAACAUACACACUAAUUGAUUGUGGUGAAAAAACACGUAAACCAUUUGAACAACUCACAGAAAUGCCUGUCAUUGCACCUAAGGAAGCCAUUAUCCGACUCCAACGCAGAGAUGAAUAA